AGAAUCAAGAUGGCGUUGUUGUUAAUGGCUGCAGAAAAGAGAAGGCAAAUGUAGGCUAGUUACUGUACAAUUUACAAUACUUUUCAGAAAUGGCUAGUUCUUCUUUUGAAAAUAAAGUUAUGGAUCUGGAAGCGAGGUUAAAGGCAGAAAACGAAUCACAUGAAAGAGAUAAUAAAUUGCCUCGUGAUUUCAAUUGUUUCGUACAGAGCCCAAAACACAGCGAACGAAUGAGACCCAACAAACUUGGUGACUUGGGCACUCCUACCGUUUCUCGGAGGUCAAUGGUGCUACCCAUCAGUAGCAUCAAAGUAUCUAAGAAUCCUUUGGAAAAUGAAAUCGACAACAAAAUGAAAGAGAUAAUGGAAAUGAGUGGUCUGCUCACAAUUGAUGGAAAGAAAUUUCAAACUGAUAUCAAGGACAUGAAACAUCUGGGUGAAUUGGGCAAUGGGACCUGCGGCCAUGUUGUGAAGAUGCUACAUAAACCCAGCCAAACCAUAAUAGCUAUCAAGCAAAUGAGGAGAUCAGGAAACAGUGAAGAGAACAAACGAAUUAUCAUGGAUUUGGAUGUGGUGCUGAAGUCACACGACUGUCCCUACAUAGUUAGAUGUCUUGGCUGCUUCAUAACAGAUGCCGAUGUUUGGAUUUGCAUGGAACUGAUGGCCACAUGCUUUGACAAAUUGCUAAAGAGGUUUCGUCAGCCUGUACCUGAAAAUAUUCUUGGAAAAAUCGCAUUAUCUACGGUGAAAGCUCUAAACUACUUGAAAGAGAGUCACGGCGUCAUUCACAGGGACGUGAAGCCAUCGAAUAUACUUCUGGACGAACGUGGCAAUGUGAAGUUAUGUGAUUUUGGAAUAUCCGGUCGAUUAGUCGAUUCAAAAGCCAAGACCAAGAAUGCUGGCUGUGCGGCUUAUAUGGCUCCGGAAAGAAUUGAUCCUCCUGAUCCGAAAAAACCAGACUAUGAUAUACGAGCUGACGUGUGGAGUCUUGGAAUAACACUCGUUGAAUUGGCGACCGGCGUUUUUCCAUACAGAGAUUGCAAGUCGGACUUUGAAGUGCUAAGCAAAGUCAUACAGGAAGAUCCACCGACAUUACCUACUGACCAAGGCUUCACUCCAGAAUUCAGAAGUUUCGUUGAGAGCUGUUUAACAAAAGACCACAGCCAGCGACCGAAAUAUAAGAAGCUGUUGGAGCACUCAUGGCUGAGGCGGUUCGAAGUGGAAGAGGUGAAUGUAGCCGAAUGGUUCGCCAAAGCAAUAGAGACUCCCUCCCCCGCCACCCCCACCAGUCUACACACCAGGAGGAUCACACAGAUGCCAGUUGCAACAAGUGUGAGGCGACCACCCCCGCCUCCUGUUGUGAACCACCACAGUCACAGAUUGGUGACGUCAGCAGAACAACAGCACCAACCCAAUGGCAACGCUCCCUCCCCCUCCUGUAUUCCCUGCCACUAUCCCCCACUCAGCGGCCGCUUCUCCCCUUGCAGGGCUGCUGAGCCUCCCCCCGUCUCCCCCCGGCUCAGCUCUUCCCCCAUCCCAUCCGAAUGGGACAGGAAUCGCAACAUUGGACUGGGCUCGCCGUUGCCAAUGCGCAAGCGCAACACCUAUGAGGGAGUCAAUCAUUUCAACCAUCAUCAACCACAACCCCAACCACAACCCCAACCGUAUUACCACCACCACAACCAACAACCGUAUUACCACCACCACAACCAACAACCGUCUUCCCUGCCCCUCUCCACAUCCUCCUCCUCAUACAGUCACCACCAACAACAAUCUAGUCCGUACACUCACCAGCAAAACCAUGUCCAGUACGGCAACACCAGUCCUCUGCCCCAGCACCGCUCCCUCAACCAUCACUAUCAUCAACAACAUCAGCAUCUGCAACACUAUAGCUUCCCGGUCACUCAUCAUAGAUCAACAUCAGUGUCGCCGUGUCGCCAGUACACGACAUCGACAUCGACGUCGGAAGGCGUCAGAGUGGACGAGAGCGGCAAGAAGCGCUACUCGUCAGGAGUCAAGUUCCAGAUUGGAGGCAUGGUCCGACACCCCUCGCCCUCCCCUGACCCCCCUCCCCGCUACAACCGGGGCACGUCUCCUUUGCUGAUGGGCAGGCGCACAUUCCUGGAUGGGGGUGGCGGCGGAUCGCCUCUGCCGUCUGUACGCAGGGAUAGUGGAUCGCCGUCGCUCUCCAGAAGACACGUAUCGCCAUCACCACCACAACCACCCCCGCGCCGCCUCUCGUCGGAAUACAGCGGCGGGGGCGGUUCAGUGCCCGGCUCACCGCAGCACAGCUUCCGCCCCCAGACCUCCCGCCUCCAUCACACACCCGAGCCACAGCGUCGCAUCUGGACUGCGGGGGCGGCAACUGCCGACUUCCACGACCUAUGACAGCCGCCUCCAGCCCCACCGCUCUUGUGAUGUCUCGAUGCCGCCUCAUUGGCUGCCCACUACAUGUGCAGGGACAGGUUCGAUCAUCCGCGUAAUAAGUCUCACCAUCCGUCAUCCAAAGAUGAGGUCAGCUCAAAAUAUAACCUUUCCGCUAUUAAGCUGUGCUUGGACAACUUGAAAGGAAAAUCAAAUCGCAAGGGAAGUGCAAUUAGAGUUCACUAGAUGUAUCUAGACUAUCUUCUCAUUUCUACAAUAAUUUUCUAGCAUAACUAGUGCAUCAAAUGUAAUAUAUCAUUUUUGAAUGAAAUUGAAUUUAUUGGAAAAUUUUGCUAAAAAUGUUCAGUUUCAUUCAGAAAUGAUUGGUACUUUAGUAGGCUUUUUCAUCCAAGAAAAUGCAUUUGCAUCCUUUUUACAGAAAUUUUAGUUAAAUGCUCUUCUCUCUACCUUAUAAUCACGAGGUUACUUGUCUUCUAUUGAUUUUUAAUAAAGAGCGCAAGAAACAAGUCUUAAUUAGGGGAUUCAAAUUGAGUUAAUUGUAAUUUUAUUUUGAAAUGACGCAUACUGAGAUUUUUUGCAAUAACAUAAAAUAACUAGACUUAUAUUGUGAGGUGGAAAUAACUCGUGAUGGUUUCCCGGACAUUGAAAAUUUAUUUGAUCACAUAGAAAUGAUAUAAUUUUUCAAACUCAUGAGGUUUUUAUACAAAAACCAGGAGGCGAAUUCCUCUAUCACCUAUAAAUAGGAUCAUAGAAUUAUUUCUAUAUCGCAUGUUUUUACGGUACACCGUAGAAGGGUAAAAAGUAAACUAUCUUGUUCUUAGUCAGUUCAUGAUACUCUUGUACUCAUAUUAGCAACUCGCUGCUCAACCACAGGCAUCAGCCCAAGUGAGGAUCAUCAUUAAAUUGUUUAUGUAUAUUUUUAUACACUCUUCUAAAAUCGGAUUCUCUCAAUUCGAGCGUUGAUUCACUUUUUCAUCCAUCGUUUGUCAUCUGUUGCUUUGUCUGUCAAUCUCUUUACACUUUUCAAGGUUUGUUUCACUCAAAUUGGUCGUUAUCACAACCAAAGCAGUACUAUUAGCCUUAUUAAAUAUAGCCAAAUCCUCAUAAUAUGUUUUCUUUGAGGACACUUUUCUUUGAGUGCACCAGUGCUAUCGAUAUUCAAAUAUCGUUCUAAUAAAGUACUGGUUUAGGGCUACUUCAAUGUUUAAUUAUAGAAAAUUUCCCAUUAUAUAUAUAUUUACCGUAUAUAGAACAUGAUUAGUUUGGGAUGAAUUUAUCCCAGAAAUUCAUCGAUAUUCUGAACAUAACUUUCUCCUGAUUAACAACACGUUAACAAACUUGGAAAUUAUAAUAAAUGUGUGAAUAGAGUGACCAGUCUCUUGAAUACAGUAUUGAGUGCCAUUAUCGAUAAUGUUGCACUCAAACCAGUGCAGUGUACUGUUACCUUUUUUCUUCAAAGCAAUAUUGAAUAUUAAUGGCCGUUCAAGUCCAUAAUGGUCCAUUAAUGUUCUCUACGGUAGUGAAUCAUGGGUGACAACAAAGCCACAUGAAAAUAGAGUGCAUGCAGCCGAGAUGAGAUUUCUUCGAAGAACCAAGGGGUAUGACAGAAGAGAUCAUUUCAAGAAUGAAGAUAUCAGGAUAGAUAUCAUGAAUGAAAGAGUUGCGGAGAAUUCGCAUCAAUGGAGAUAGCAUGUGCAAAGAAUGUCAACUGAGAUAUAUAGAUCAUUAAAAAUCUAUAUAUCAGCCAGUAGGCAAAAGAGAUAUUGGCAGACCACGCAAGCUGUAGCAAUAAUAGAAAAAGUUUCAAAAUUGUAAGUUUAUAUGAAUAAUUAGCUAGAUGUGAGUUGGAACAGGCUAUAGCCUAAUCCUUGUGUAUAAGAAAAAGGCAAUAUUGAAUGUCUCACAACGAUAUGUUCAACUAUUCCAAAAAAUAUUUAUAACUCAUGGCACAUGAAGAAUGAGCUAAUAAACAAAAAGAGAUUGGAUAUAAUAACAAAUUGAUUCUAUCAAUAGAAAGAGUGAUUCAAAUCAGGAUCUUAUUCACUCGCCGAAAUGAAAAAUAAGAAACAACAUUAAAUAUUAAGAAUAUAGCAAUCAAGUAGCAAUAAACUCGACUAUUGGAAGAUUGAGAGUCAGUUCUAACAAUUGUUCAACAUUAUCACAAUCCAAUCGUAGAGAUAUUCAAUUGCAACUACAUCCUGGCUACUUCAUUUGAAUGUUAUGAAAACUUCAAUCAUAACUGACUUAUUUAAAUGUCACACUAACAUUAUUAUCAUACAUCUAUUAUAAGAGAUGAAACGUCAAAAUAGAGGUUAUUCAAACACACAACGACAUGCUUCAUUACAUUUGGAUGUUAUGCUGCUAUCAAGAAACCAUGUCAAACAAUUGAAAAACGCAGCAAUGAUUCAGAUAGUGGUAAACUAGUUAACAACAAUGUAACUUCAGUUAAUAUUGAUGUAACUCCAGAUAACCGAGAGAACUUCAGGUCAAAUGCAACUUCAGAUGAACUAGUUCAAGACAGUAUAAGAUCACAUUUUCAAAAACAACACAGUUGAUUAACAUCAACAGAAAACCUCAACAAAUGUAUGUGAAUUGAUAGCAAGUGAAUUAAGGGGUUGUGAUUUGCGAACCAAAUACAAGAAAAUCAAUAGUUUCUACUCACACUGGAGAAGCUAUCAUUGUUUAUUCUAAUCCAAUUAGUUGGAUGUUUGAAUAUGCUUCUAAGAAAAGACUGAAAUAUGCCUGUUUCACUAAAGAAGAACUCGAUGCAGGCUUCAAAGUCACUUGUUCAUUUGUUGGUAUAACGGAAGAGACAAUGGGCCAAUGUUGUACUUGCAUUCAGAUCCAAGCUUUGAGGAGUUGUUACCAAACUACGAACAGUCUCAACUCAAAUUCAAGUUGUACCAAAAUGAAGUUGAAUUUCAGGAAACACGCAAUUCAAAACUUACUGAUAAGUGCGAAUACCUCAUCUGCAAACGGGCAAAUCUACAAUCCAUCUCUAAUGCAACUUGUAAAACCCCACAUGUGCUUCCCUAAUUCAGAUGCAACACCAAAUACAAUGCUUAUUUCGAACAAAAAUUAUUAAUGGAAAAGGAAAAAUGUCAACCUCAUAAUUGAAUAAGUGAAGAUGGUUAUUGAAAAGACUGUGGAUGACGUUGUAGCAUAGUUUUCACACUUUACUGUUUCAAUCAGCCUCAUGAUCAAUCAUCGACCGAAUUAUCUAAUAAAAUAAAUUAACGGAAUUAACCCAUAAAAUGAAUGAAAAUUUUCCUAUAUAUCAGAUCAGAAUGUGGAGAUCAAAAAAUUAAGGAAUUGAUUUCAUCUUACUCACCAACUCCAUGCUGUAGUAACGUUUCUGAUUUCGACUUA